AUCUGCUGUGAGUGUGAGCUGAGAAAGAAUUCCGGCUUUCUGAUACCUGCAGUUCCAUCAGGGAGUUCACUCCGGCUGAUUUCGUGUCCCACACCAGUCCCAGUGGCUCCUCCCUACCAUGGCCCUCCUGGCUCGCACCCUGGCACUGCUGGCAAUGACCGUGGCCACUGUGGCCAUCAAGGUGGUGCCCCUGGACAUGGCCCGGGAUUCCUUUGAUGACCAGUACCGGGGCUGCGGCCCUGCCAUGACGGCAGCGUUGCCAGCCCUCAGCCACACUGAGUUCCAGAAGAAUCCUCUCUUCACCCAGACCUGGGUGAAGGCCGAGGCUGAGUGGCGCAAGCGGGGCUCCCCUGUGUCCCCUCUGGCGUCCCCAGCCCAGGCCGUCGCCCUCAUGGCCUACACAACUAAGGACAUUUACAAGGACUUCAACGCGGCCGUGCGUGCAGCUGGGCGUUCCCGCCAGGAAUACCGGAACAACUUCCACUUCAAAACGCUGCAUUUCCUGCUGACCAAGGCCCUGGUGACACUGAGGCAGUCUCAGAACGGGCAGUGUCGCCGCGUGUUCCGGGGUGUGCAUGAUGUCCGGUUCCAGGCACGGCGUGGCCAGAGGGUCCGGUUUGGUCAAUUCACAUCAACAUCGCUGAGCAAAGAGGUUGCCCAGAAAUACGGGACGGACACCCUGUUCGAGGUUCGCACGUGCCAUGGUGUGGACAUCCAGGCUUUUUCCUUCUAUCUGAGCAACCGAGAGGUGCUGAUCCCUCCAUACGAGACCUUUGAGGUCACCAAAGUCACCCGGAAUGGGAAGAGGGCAUGGAUCAGUCUCCGCUCCACUGGGACCUUCAGCAAACACAACUGCGCGUGGCUGUGAGGUGACAGCACAGGGG